CGUAAAACUUCAGGCGACCGUUGUCUUGGUGGCGUCAUUUUUGUGAGACACGCAGCAGAGAUCCCGUCAUUCAGGUAGUGGAGUAGUAAGCUAUGGCGUCCGGAGCUGAAGAGUCGCAGGGCGGCCACGACGCUGAACUGGACGAAUUACUGGACAGUGCACUGGAUGACUUUGAAAAGCAGUCUGCGCCACCUGAACCUAAAGCUCCUUCCUCCUCCUCAUCCAGUCAUGAAGCAGAGAAGGUUGAUGUUCUGCCGCCACUGCUCGAGGACAGCAAGCUUUUCGAGAAGCUCUUCGAGGGCGACAUGGCGGCCCAGGCCCAGCAGGAGUGGGAGAAAGCCAUGACGGAGCUGGCCCAGGAGGAGCCGGACCUGCUCCAACACUUUCAUAAACUCUCCGAGGCCGCCGGCAAAGUUGGCACUGACACAGCCUCUCAGCAAGAGUUCACGUCCUGCCUCAAAGAUACCCUGCGUGGCCUCGCCAAGAAUGCCGACAACCUGCAGUCUUCUGGCCUGGCCGGAGAUGAUCUAGUCAAGGCCCUGGAAGGCUUGGGUUUGGACGAGGGCGGCGAAGGCGGCGAGGGCAAGGACGCCAACAUCCUUCCCAUCAUGCAAUCCAUCAUGCAGAAUCUCCUCUCCAAAGAGGUGCUCUACCCGUCCCUCAAGGAGAUCACCACUAAGUAUCCAGAGUGGUUGGAGGCCAACAGGUCCAGCCUGAGCCCAGAAGACGUGCAGCGCUACGAGCAGCAGGCCAAGGUCAUGGGAGAAAUCUGCCAGCACUUUGAGAAGGAGGAAGACGGUGACAAGGUCUUUGAAAGCAUCAUGGACCUCAUGCAGAAGCUGCAGGACCUUGGACAACCACCGAAAGAGCUCGCAGGCGAUGCUCCUCCUGGCUUCAACUUCGAUAUGGACUCCCUCAACCUCCCUGGGGGACUCGGGGGGGCCGGGGCGGCCGAGCAGUGCUCCAUAAUGUGAGGAGGCGGCGGCUCGACCCCGGCCGCAGAGACGGCCUCACCCACUGAGACUGGGUGGCGGCAGUGUGGCGCUCAAGUCGUCCACGCUCGCCCUCGCGUCCCAAACACGCAGACAGAUGUGGACGAGGUUGCGAAAUUCCAGCAAACACUCGAGAUUUGAACAUCUCGACGUUUCUUUUUUCAUCCAGCUCUUUAAUUUUAACUGCAUUCCCACCUCCAUAAUGUUGGUACUGCACCCUCUCUGUCGGAUAUAUAAACCUCCUGCUACCUGUAAACCUCUUUAACCCACCACCCCGGCUCAAUUUGACAGAAAUUAUACGAUUGUGUCAAAAACAAAAAAAAACAAAAAUCCCAUUAUACAUUGUUUAGAUAUCACGAUGAACUCCAUUACUAACCAUUUCAGUGAAUAUUUAGUGCAUUACCUCUCACAGAUCCCGGUAAUGCUUCGAUGAGGCUCAUUCACUCAUUUUUCAUGUUAAAGCUUUUUAAUUAGGUACAAAAAUAUUUGUAAUAUGUGUUGAUUACACUUAUUAAGCCAGCGUUUCAUACUGAAAGACUAUUUUUAUGUACUUGUAUUUGUGUAUGUUUAAGCUGCCUGUUAAAAGAAAAAAAUUAAGGUACAAAAUAUUAAAUAAAAGUAAAUCUAGAUUUUUAGGUGUCAAUAUGACCUACAGUCUGACAAGAGGGUUAAAUUAAAUAAAACAAAAAAGGGGACUGAAAUUUGCAUUUAUUUAUUUUAUUUUUUUAAAUCUAGAUAUUUUUUUUCCAGGUUGGGUUGACCCAGGAUAUAACAGGAUUAAAGUAACUAAAAGAAAAAAGAGGAUUAAAAAAUUAAAAUAGUUAAUCUAUAUAUUUACAGGUCAAUUUAAACCAUAUAACAAAUGUAAAAAAAAAAAAUAUAUAUAUAUAUAUAUAUAUAUAUAUAUAUAUAAGGGGCAUGAUUGCUUUUUUCAACAAAAUCAAAAUUUUGACAGGUAAAUUUAAUUUACACCAUAACCAUAGGCUCAAAAUAGCAAAAAGAAAAAAUAAUUUAGCUUUUUAUGGGUUCACUUGACCACAUUGUUAGUUAAACUAACUCUAAUUAAAAUAACAAUGAAUUUAAAAAAAUGUAAUAUAGAUUUUUCCAUGCCAAUUUGAACCGCAUUACAACAGGAGAGAGAGAUGAAAAUUUUAAUAAUUAAAAAAAAAAAAGUUCAGAUUUGUAUAGGUCAGUUUGACCGGCAAAAUAACAGGAUGCUUAAAAUGGGUCAAUUUGAACCCCAAGAUAACAGGAGUCUUAACUGGUGUGAGCGUGUUGUAAGUUCAUGUCGUAUUCUAAUGUGUAUAACAAACACAAACACACAGGACUGUGUGUUGAUCCUUAUUUCAAAAUAGAUCAUUACAGUUGUUAAUGUUGCCUCACCGUAAUAAUGUUUCCCACAUUCAUCCUGAGAUUGAUCUGAAGUGAUUGAUUUGAUUGCUGCUGCUGAUGAUGAUGUCACCUUAAGUGCUUCCCUUGAUGGUCUGUGUUUUUAUUGUGUAGAUUGAUGUUUGCUUUCAAUAGAAAAGCUUAUUGAGUUGAGGGUUUUCACGCUCCCUCUUUAACAGGUGCAUUUCCGAAAGGCCAGAGCACUUUGUGUGUGUAACAAAGUUGUUUUACUGUGUGCGACUAUGGAGGCAGGUCUAGAAAGCACAGGGCAAACUCCGGUAUAAUAAAAAGGCAGUGAGCCGUGCAGAGAGAAGGUUGUGUCAGUUAAAGCGCUGUCAUCAUCAUGCCAUCCAUUCAGGGCUCAACGACGUAGCGCCCAGAGCUGCUACUGUGUUGUUUUGCCCUGUUUUUUGUUGUUGUUGUUGUUGUUGUUGUAAAUAUACUGAAUAAAAGAGUGAUAUCAUGAAGAUAAA